AUGGCUCAACCUACCCAACUCGCAUAUCGCACGGCUAGAGGUGUUGGCAUCUUGAAUGCUGCGCCUGCAUAUGAAGCGCUCCCAGGCUUCACGCGGCCAGAGGGCAACCUCCGCUGCUGUGUCUACUCGCCCGACGGCCGCUUCUUCGCCUGGGCUUCUCCUGACCAACCCACCAAGGACGAGAACGGUGAUGCUGUCAAGAACCUCAAGGUCUGGCGCACCCUCGACGCCGACGCCGACCGCCAAGUCGUUGGCCAGUUCGUGCAGAAGAACCAGACUGGCUGGAACUUGCAAUACACUCUGGAUGAGGAGUUCUGUGCCCGUGCCGUCACCAACGAGGUGCACUUCUACAAGACAUCGGAUCUAGGCACUGUUCAUAACAAGCUACGCGUCGAGGGUGUUCAAGACUUUGCUCUGUCCAAGGGACGCAAUGCCAACAUUGCCGUCUUUGUGCCAGAGCGCAAGGGCAUGCCUGCUCAGGUCAAGGUCUUCAACGUCCCCCACUUCGCUUCGCCUGUCUCGCAGAAGACCUUCUUCAAGGCCGACAAAGUCCAACUCAAGUGGAACAACGAGGGUACCAGCUUGAUCGUCCUGGCCCAGACCGAUGUCGACAAGACCAACAAGAGUUACUACGGCGAGACCAACAUGUACAUUCUUAGCUCCAGCGGAGCCUUUGACUCGCGCAUCACCCUGGACAAGGACGGUCCGAUUCACGAUGUCUCGUGGUCUCCCAACUCCAAGGAAUUCGGUGUCGUCUAUGGCUACAUGCCUGCUAAGACAACCAUCUUCAACCAGCGUGCCAUUCCUCAGCACAGCUUCAACCUUGGUCCUCGCAACACAAUUAUUUUCUCUCCUCAUGGUCGCUUCGUUAUUGUCGCUGGUUUCGGCAACUUGGCUGGUACCAUGGACAUCUACGAUAUGGAGAAGAACUACCAAAAGGUCUCAACCAUUGAGGCCAGCAACGCCAGUAUCUGUGAGUGGUCUCCUGAUGGCCAGCACAUUCUUACCGCCACUACCAGCCCUCGUCUGCGUGUUGACAACGGCAUUCGUAUGUGGCACGUUUCAGGUUCAUUCAUGUACAACGAGGAGAUGAACGAGCUGUACCACGUUACUUGGCGCCCCGAGUCGGUUGAGAAGCACCCUCUCGGCAACCCCCUUGUAAACGUCCCUGCUCCUCACUCCUCUGCUGCUGCCCACCUUGCCACUAAGAAGGCCCCCUCUAAGCCUAUGGGUGCUUACAGACCUCCCGGUGCUCGUGGAUCAUCGACUCCGUUGCACUUCAAGCGCGAGGAUGAAGGUGGUGCUGCCUUUAUCAACCAGGGCAUCUCUUCCGCUAACAUCGGUGCUAACGGCUUCGGAUCCCGCCCUAGAAGACGCGAGGUUCCCGGUGCCGAAACUGCCGACUCUUCUGCUUCCGGCGCCGCUCCUGGCGGUGGUGUCAGUCUUGCUGGCGCCGAUGGUGACGAGAACCUUAGCAAGGCUGCUCUGAAGAACAAGAAGAAGAGAGAGGCGAAGAAGGCCAAGGAGGCUGAGGCCAAGGCUGCCGGUCUCGCCCCUGAGGCCAACGGUGAUGGUCAGCAGCGCAGAGAGCGCAGCAGAUCAAAGUCUGGUCAACAGGGUCCUGCACGCGGCCAGUCUCACCGUGGUGAUGCCNCCGCAACCCCCGCUAAGCAGGCACCCGCCCCUGCCGCUGCUCCUGAGGUCACCGUCAGCAGCCCGGCCGUCGAGUCCAGCCAGGACAAGAAGGUCCGUGCUCUGUUGAAGAAGCUGCGCGCUAUUGACGAUUUGAAAAUGCGCCAGGCUGGCGGUGAGAAGUUGGAGAACACCCAAGUAUCCAAGAUCUCAACUGAGGAGGGUGUUCGCAAAGAACUCUCUGCUCUUGGCUACAACGAGUAG